AUGAAAACCCCACCACAACCAGCGACAGUCCAUGAACUGGACCAAUAUGGCAACCCGGUGCUUCGCAGCAAGGUUUCUGCGACUAGAAACCGCGUAACGAAAAGGAACUCGACACCGUACUCCUUAAACAGAGCUCAGCAUCCGCCUGGAAAAGCCCAGGACUGGAUUCGGGGCGAGUCCACACGUAGUGGCUCCCUGAAUGAGAUGGUCAGGGCCUACGGCGAAGACCCAAAAUUUCCCAUGACUAUCUUCAGUAGUAGCCAGGACACAGAUUCGGAGCGUAACAAAGUUCCCGGAUGUUGGUUCAGAAAGGUUUCUUUCCUUGAUGAGGCGGAAGUACUUGAUACCAGCGCAACAAUCGGUAGUCAGCGGUGCAUUCGAUUGACAGCGUUUAUCACGAAAAGUGAUGAAGACCACAUAGAUCCCAAAAUCUACGUGGAACAACGAGUUUACGAAGGCAUAAGCGAUAACAUAACUGUCCACGAACUUUCUUUUGGCGGCAGCAUUCAACUUGACAAGGAGUAUGUGUUUCCGGGCUGCGGCGACGAAGAUAGAAUCUGGGGAAAGCGUGAUCUGAUACUUCGCAUCGUAUCGCUUGAGCAGGAAAGCUUCAAUACCUACCUGCGGGGCCAUACGACAUACUACGGUUAUGAUAUCAAAGACUAUAUCUAUGUGGACGAAGAGAGCAUUUCUAAGGAGUCACCGCAUACGGUAUGGCGAAAUAUGAGCCAAGCACCUUACAAGAUAUCAUUUAAUGCGAGGGAUUUACAAAUUCUGCGCAAUGCCAAACAAGAGAACCCGGAAAAGGUAGCCGUAUUAUCGGGUGAGGACAUUGAGCUCCUUCAGCUGCAUUUUGUUGGGCAAGGACAUUCCACCGAAGACAACUUGGGUGGAGGUGAUCUUGAUGUUUGUGUUAUCUAUAGGCCUUGA